UCGCCGCUCUCUGCUCAGGGCAAACGGAAGCGCAGCGCCCCAGGGUGAGAGGUCAGGGGUGCGGUUGUUUACUUCCGGCGGGCUGUUGGCUCCUCACGCCGCGUCUGGACAGCGGGGCGACCCGGGGAAGAGGAGGCGCAGGUGAAGGCCGCGGCCGGCAAGACAAGGCAGGGCAGGGCAAGGCAAGGCAGGGCAGCCAGCGCAGGGAGCGGUGCGAUCGCUGGCUUGGUGAGGUCGGGCCUGCAGCGCGGUCCCGGCGCAGCCGCCGUUGAUGCUGCGGCCGUCGGCGCCCUGCGACAGCUCGCCGGACGAGGAGCGGCGCGCCGAUGUCAGUGGCCGCGGACACCCCAAAAAGAGAGUGCGGAUCGCCGAGCCCGAGCAGGCGGUGGCUAAAGCGGCCUCGGCGCAGCUGCUCGUCCUGGCCGAGGCCGGCCAGGGCAGGAAACGUGUGCGGCCGGCACAGGCCCAGGCCCAGGUCGAGGGGGACAUGGCGGACGACGGGCAGCGGAAGGCCAACUUUUCGGCGCUGCUCGGUCACACCAACGGGCUGAGCCGUGCCGGAGGCAAACCCGCCGCAUCCAGGAAGCUACUCAUCAAGAACUUUAAAGAUAAACCUAAAUUGCCAGAUAACUACACUCGGGACACAUGGCAGAAGCUCCAUGAAGCAGUUGGGACAAUUCAGAACAGCACAUCAAUAAAAUACAACUUAGAGGAACUUUAUCAGGCUGUUGAGAAUCUGUGUUCUUAUAAGGUGUCAGCAACGCUAUAUAAACAACUGCGACAGGUGUGUGAAGACCACGUCAAGGCACAGAUUCAACAAUUCCGAGACACGGAUUCACUGGAUAGCAGUCUGUUUUUGAAGAAGAUUAACAAAUGUUGGCAGGAUCAUUGUCGACAAAUGAUAAUGAUCCGGAGUAUUUUCCUGUUUCUUGACCGAACCUAUGUCCUCCAGAGUUCAAUGCUUCCAUCUAUCUGGGAUAUAGGCUUGGAACUUUUCCGAACCCACAUCAUCAAUGACAAAACUGUGCAAAACAAAACCAUUGAUGGAAUCCUUCUGUUAAUUGAAAAAGAGAGAAAUGGAGAGGCUGUGGACAGAAGUCUGAUACGAAGUUUGCUGAGUAUGCUGUCGGAUCUGCAGGUUUACCAGGAAUCGUUUGAACAAAGGUUUUUGGAGGAAACCAAUUGUUUAUAUGCAGCAGAAGGACAAAGAUUAAUGCAAGAGAGGGAGGUCCCAGAAUAUCUUCACCAUGUGAACAAGCGGCUAGAGGAAGAAGCGGACCGAGUAAUUACAUACCUGGAUCAAAGCACGCAAAAAUGGUUGGUUGCCAGUGUUGAGAAACAGCUCCUUGGUGAACAUCUGACAGCUAUUCUUCAAAAAGGUCUCAAUCAUCUGCUUGAUGAAAACAGAGUUGCUGAUCUCACACUACUUUAUCAGCUGUUCAGCAGGGUUAAAGGUGGGCUACAGGUCCUUUUGCAGCACUGGAAUGAAUAUAUCAAGACCUUUGGCACUACAAUCGUGGUUAAUCCUGAAAAAGACAAGACGAUGGUUGAGGAGCUGCUAGACUUCAAAGAUAAAGUAGAUCAUAUCAUCGAAGUGUGCUUUCUAAAAAAUGAAAAGUUUAUUAAUACAAUGAAAGAAGCUUUUGAGACUUAUAUUAACAAAAGGCCAAACAAGCCUGCUGAGUUGAUAGCCAAGUAUGUUGAUUCCAAAUUACGAGCUGGUAACAAAGAAGCCACCGAUGAAGAACUGGAGAGAAUGCUGGAUAAAAUUAUGAUCAUAUUUAGAUUCAUUCAUGGAAAAGAUGUAUUUGAGGCCUUCUACAAGAAGGAUUUAGCAAAACGGCUGCUAGUGGGAAAAAGUGCUUCAGUGGAUGCUGAGAAAUCGAUGUUGUCUAAACUGAAACAUGAAUGUGGUGCUGCAUUCACCAGCAAGCUAGAAGGGAUGUUUAAAGACAUGGAGCUUUCGAAAGAUGUUAUGGUGCAGUUUAAGCAGUAUAUCCAAAAUCAGAAUGACCCAAGUAGGAUAGACCUUACAGUCAACAUUCUGACGAUGGGAUAUUGGCCAACAUACACACCCAUGGAAAUCCAUCUUCCCGCUGAGAUGGUGAAAUUACAGGAGGUAUUCAAGAUGUUCUACCUCGGAAAACACAGUGGAAGAAAACUGCAGUGGCAAGCAACAUUAGGGCACUCGGUUUUGAAAGCAGAUAUCAAAGAGGGUAAAAAGGAACUGCAGGUUUCACUUUUCCAGACCUUGGUGUUGCUUAUGUUCAAUGAAGGCGAUGAGUUCAGUGUGGAGGAAAUCAAGACUGCAACUGGUAUAGAGGACAGUGAAUUAAAACGAACAUUACAGUCUUUAGCUUGUGGCAAAGCUCGUGUGUUGAACAAAGCUCCAAAGGGAAAAGAUGUAGAAGAUGGAGACAAGCUAAUCUUUAAUGAUGACUUCAAGCACAAACUGUUUAGAAUAAAGAUUAACCAAAUCCAGAUGAAAGAAACUGUUGAGGAGCAGACAAGCACCACCGAGCGAGUGUUCCAGGAUAGACAAUACCAAAUCGAUGCUGCUAUAGUCCGAAUCAUGAAAAUGAGGAAGACACUCAGCCAUAACCUCCUUGUUUCAGAACUCUACAACCAGUUAAAAUUUCCAGUAAAGCCUGGAGAUCUGAAGAAAAGAAUUGAGUCUCUAAUUGAUCGGGAUUACAUGGAGAGGGACAAAGACAAUGCCAACCAGUAUCAUUACGUGGCCUAAUGUACAGACCAAGACUUGAUUCUGGCACUUGACUCACCGACAGAAAGGGCACUGAUUCUGUCUGUGCCCAUUUUGGAUUUUGUUUGGUUCUGCACCACCCAGCCAAAGGCUCUUGUGAAGUGUCGGAAGGAGUGGCAACCUGUUUUCAUGCAGCUUCCAGCACAUGCCUUUGUUUCCUGAGGAUCAUUUCUCCAGAAAGUGUGAAAAUGGCACAGGAAUAAAUGCACUUCCCUUCAAAUGGCUGAAGACUGACUAUUUUGUGUCUAGGCUCACUCGAUUUCUUGUGAAACUCGCAUCCUUUUGGUUUAGACGUAAUUGUCUGCACGUCACUCCCCUCAUUACUAGCAGCCUGAAAUCUGUUGAGAGAGCUCUAUUAAUAUAUAAACAUGCAAGAUACCCUCAGUACAAAAUGUUUCACACUAUAUAUUGAUCUUUGGCUUUACUGCAGCAGUGAAUUAAAAAAUAUUUUUGAUCUGUGAAACUGGCAUUUUUAUUUUUUAAACAAGCAAAACAACUGAUAAAGCAAUCAACUUUAUGCAAUAAUGGCCUCAUCUGUAUACCUGGUCACCAGUGCAUGUCGCAGGAUAACAUUUAGAUGGGGUUUUUUUGCAUGUAUUUGUGUGAAAGGAGAAAUGUUACAUCAAAAUAGAGGUAACUUUUUGGAAAAUCUUAAAAGUGCCAAAGACUUGAAUGUCAAUACAUAUAUUCCACUAAAAUCCUACCCUGUAAAAUUCUUGUUGCUGGAACAGUCACGAUAGGCCCACCGUUUGAUAUUUGUUUUAGCUUCAGUAACAUCUUCAUCACCUUCUGCCAAUUGGCAAUUGAUACUUCCAUUGCUUUUUCAGAGUAGUUUCUCUUUUCAGUGAUGCUACCUGUUCAAUUAUUUACUUCUCCAUUGAUGGCCCCCACAGAUGAUCUUAAAACUUUGCAGAAGUGUACAUAACAGCAGACUGCAUUGUACAAAAUAUACAAAUGUUCCUUUAUAUUCUUCAUUGUAAAUUGUUCAGAAAGCUAUCUAGUCUGCUAGACAUGGGCAUCUGAAUCUUGUUUUGUGAUAACUUGUUUCAUAUUGUAAAUAUGUUACCUCUGUUCAUGACAAAAGUCAUCCUGAAAUUAGUAGGACUUUUUUGUCUUGUGAUAACAUAAAAUGAUUUUCUCCUCUGGG